AUGGUUUAUUGUGGACCUUCUUGUGCUGUGCCCACUUGUGCCUCUGCCCCAAGUGUUGGCUUUGGAUCAGCUGGUUCCAGAGGUCUUGGUUGUGGAGGUCUCGGCUUUGGAGGUCUUGGCUUUGGAGGUCUUGGUUCUGGAGGUCUUGGCUCUGGAGGUCUUGGCUCUGGAGGUCUUGGCUCUGGUUUAGGUUCUGGCUUUGGAGCUGGAGCCUUGGCCGAAUCUGCAAGAAACCUGGGCACCCUGGCCGGAGUCAACCCACGACCCAUCAACCAGGUCCCAUCAUCCGAGGUGACCAUCCGGCCACCUGCAGUUGUGGUCACCAUCCCUGGUCCCAUCCUCUCUGCCAGCUGUGAGCCUGUCGCCGUUGGAGGCUACAACCCAUGUUCCCCCGCAGGUAUCGGAGGUUUGGAUGCCGGCUACUUCGGAGGCCGCCUGGGACGACUCGGUCGCCGUGGCAGCAUCAUCUGCGAUCCUUGCAACCUCCCCUGUUAAGGAAACCAGGACUCUCCAUGAUCAAACCGGAUUUUAGAAGAUUGGCUAAAGCAUGCCUGGGGCCUACACUGGCCUGCAUCUAGCUUUCACAAGUCUCUUUCAUCUGUCUCCUGGCCACCUUCAGCAGAUAGUAUCAUGACCUUCCUGUGAAAUGAGCCCCCUGCUAAAUUGAUAAGGAAGGGUUUUUGAAUGGAGUUCUGAAGGAAAGAAGA